GCCGCACUUCACUACACUUCACUAGCCGUCAAAAUCAAACGCCGGUACCGCCACCGCUAUCGUCGCCUUUUCUCAGAAGUGUGGUGCUCUGUACUGAUUCUAUUUCACGAGUACUUUUUUCAAAGUAGAUUUAGAAAUGGUGGAACUUAACUCGAAUGAGCUGACAGAUGCUGAAGCGGAACAAUACGAUAGACAAAUUCGUUUAUGGGGCCUGGAUUCUCAGAAGAGGUUGCGCUCAUCUCGCGUUCUCAUCAUUGGGCUGAAAGGUUUGGGGGCUGAAGUUGCCAAAAAUAUAACUCUAGCUGGUGUCAAAUCUGUUACACUUCUUGAUGAUGGUGCUGCUUCUCAAGAUGACAUCUGCUCACAAUUUCUGGUUCCUCGUGACCAGAUAGGUAAAAAUAGAGCUGAAGCUUCUUUGGCUCGUACGCAGAACUUAAACCCAAUGGUUAAUGUGACUGCAGAGACAUGUGCAGUUGCUGAUCAUCCUGAUGAAUACUUUCAUGCAUUUGAAGCCAUUUGUGCCACCAAGUGUCCAACCGAUCAACUACUGCGGUUAGAUAAAAUUUGCAGAGAAAAGAGUAUUAAAUUCUUCUGUGGAGAUGUCUUUGGCUUCUUUGGCUUUAUGUUUGCUGACCUACAGACUCACGAGUUCGCUGAAGAAAUUACAGAGUUUAAACCUACAGCCACUGAAGAACCUGCUGCAAAGCGUCUGAAAGCAGAACCAGUUAAAACAACUGUCAAACGAUCUUCAACAUUUGUGCCUCUUCAAAAUGCAUUAGAUGUAGACUGGACAGCAGAGCCCUACUCCAAAAAACUGAAAAAGUCUGAAUCAUCAUACUUUUUGAUGAAAAUCCUCCUUAAAUUCCGUUCUGAGAACAUGAGAGAUCCUUCACCAGGAACUCGAUCUGCUGAUAUGGAAGAACUGAACAGAUUAAAAAAUGAAGUUUUGACUAAGAUGUCUAUUCCUCUUGAAAAGGUUCCUGAUAAUUUACUGAGUAUGGUGUUUGCUGAAAUAGGCCCAGUAUGUGCCAUAGUUGGUGGAGUUUUAUCGCAAGAGAUAAUCAAAGCCCUAUCUCAACAUGAGGCUCCUCACAAUAACAUGUUUUUCUUUAACCCAGAGCGUAAUUUGGGUCAUGUUGAAUGUCUUGGUGCCUAAGUUAUCUUAUUUAAUUACAAGAAGCCCUCUUUUCUGUAUAUGUUUUGUUAAGUACUCAGUUUUUCCAUUUAUAGUUUUGCAAUGAAAAAGUUCCAAUGUAAGGUUGCAAUUAAAAAUAAAUUAAGUUCUCAUAGUUUA